AUGAGACUUACACGCACAAGAACCACCGAUUCGGUGCCAUUGCCGACCAGCGAUGCCUUUCCAACAGUACAAUUGCUGUUCCUAGCACUAUGUCGCCUCGCCGAACCAAUAGCGAUCACAAGCAUUUUCCCGUAUGCGUGGUUGAUGGUUUCCGACUUCCACGUCGGCACUAAGAAUGAUGCCUCUUUCUACACGGGCGUUCUCAUCGCCUCCUUCUCCCUGGCUGAGUCUCUGACCAGUGUCUGGUGGGGUGUUCUCUCGGACAAGAUCGGCAGGAAGCCCGUCCUCCUUAUGGGCUGCUUUGGAACGAUGCUCUCACUACUCAUCGUGGGCUUUGCGAAGAGCUUUACUGUGGCUUUAUUCGGCAGAGUAAUGGGUGGCCUGCUGAACGGAAACAUCGGCGUCAUCCAGACUAUGGUGGGAGAGUUGAUCACAAACCCUGCUCACGAGCCAAAAGCAUACUGUAUCCUCCCAUUUGUAUGGUCUGUCGGUACUAUCCUCGGGCCUUGCAUUGGGGGCUUGCUCGCAGAUCCGUCUCGAGCCUACCCAGAUACCUUUUCCAAAAUCGGCUUCUUCGGUCGACAUCCUUGGGCGCUCCCUAACGUUGUUUGUAGCGGCCUCAUGCUUGUUAGCAUUGUUGCUGGCUAUCUUGUCAUCAACGAAACCCACCCUGAUCGUCGGAAGGGUGCUGAUCCUUUCAUGCAUCACGACCUGCCCGAAGCGACGCCCAUGAUCUCUGCCGCUGGUGCCAACGCCGACCCCGCUGUUGACCUUCGGCAGGACUCGUAUGGCACUUUCAAUGAGGUCGAUGUUACCCAGACGCACCAUUGGGAGGUCAAUGCCGAUGGUUCUUCUGCAACCGAAGAGAAGGAUCACGUCCAAGAGAAGUGGUUCACUUACCGAGUAGCUAUGCUUACACUCGCGCUCGGUAUCUUCACUUACCACUCCAUGUGCUACGACCAUCUCCUGCCAAUCUUCUUCCAGGACGAGCGCGUCGACGAGGUCUCGAUUCUUGCCGAUGGUCUGUUCCAUGUCCCUGGCGGACUCGGUCUCAGCACUAAGGACGUUGGCAUCAUCAUGUCCGUCAAUGGUUUGAUUGCUCUCUUCAUUCAAGCAGUCAUCUUCCCUUGGUGCGCAGAGAAAAUUGGCGUAUUCCGCGUUUUCAUUCUCGUUACGAUCUGCCAUCCUAUCGCAUAUUUCAUCGUUCCUUACCUCGUCCUACUCCCCGAAAGCGCUCUAUAUGCCGGCAUCUACGCUUGUCUGAGCAUACGCAAUCUUCUCUCCAUCUUGGCGUAUCCAGUGCUGCUCAUCUUGCUCAAGCAGGCUAGCAUAUCGACAUCGGUGCUGGGACGGAUCAAUGGAUUGGCUGCAGCGGCUGGUGCGGCGUGUCGGACGAUUGCACCUCCUGUCGCAGGUCUGCUGUACGGUUGGGGUGCCGAAAUGGGCUUCACAGGUCUGGCUUGGUGGGGCGCAGGAGCUGUAGCUUUGGUUGGCGUAUUGCAGGUCUACUUUGUGCCGCGAGAGCGCCAUGAGGAGUCCGCCAUCAAGCCCGCUUUGGCAUGCUUCGCCACUGAUGACGCUCAACCGAAGCCUCCACGCGACAUCGUGGACGUGACGGUCUACGAGGAAGUUCAGGAAACGACCAUGAAUUCACGUGUCUAA